AUGGCUACCAAAUCUGUAAGUCCCACAAAACACAUUGUUGCCACCCUGACCGAUUUAAUGGAAGAAUCUCGUAAAUUUAAAGAAAAUCUAGAAAUACAAAAACACCAACACAACAAAGACCCUAUCAUUAGUAUAUAUUCCGAAACUGCGUCCAGGACACCACCACAUUCUCAGCCGGCUACUCAAACUACCCUACAAGUUCCUCAGCUGCAAAAAAUGCCCACAGACCAAGAUGUCCAAUUACUGGAGGGUACAAUGCAACGAAAUCCCAAAUUGGGGGUAUCACGUUCCCAGGAUGAUAAUAAAGAGGUGGAAAUGGAGGAACAGUCCUAUGGCCGAGUUACACCCAUAUCAUAUGCCUCGGCCAUUGCGGGAAUGGCACCACCACAACCUUCAUCAUCAUCCUCGGGACGUAGUAGUGGCUUGAGUUCGGUGGGUGCCUCACGGGCCACCAACUUUCGCAUGAAAUUCCGCAAAUCCCAUACCUGUGGUAGCCUCUUUGCAAAAUGUAACUGUGCCGAGGUAACAGCAACACCCACACCCACUGUGGUUAGGCCCGGCCCCAAUCCCAUUAUAACGGGCCAAAUCACAAACUCACGUGCCAUAUCAAUUGAUAAGAAUUUAAAUGCCUCCGCAACAGCAACAGCUACGACCACGACGGCUACCAUACAUAAUUACCAACAACAGCAAUGUAUGCAUUUGUCCAUUUCACCCUCCUCUUGCAAUGCGGAAUCAUCGCUGGCCUCUUCCCUCUCCGAUACCGCAGGCACCAGUGGCAAAUUAACCAGUUCGGGUAUCUAUUCGCUGUCAACGCAAACAUCAUCCGCCACCUCAGCUUAUCUAUCACGCGAAGAGAGUCUUACUGCAAGCUUUGAUACUCAUUUACUCUCACCGUCUGGUACAACAUCGGCAGCAGCGGGUGAGAUGGCAGAUCCAAGCAAAAGCUCUGCCAACGCAACGACACUAACAAAUAAUUCGACAACGCUUGCCAAACAAGCUAUUAGUCCAGAUACAGAGCUCGCGUCGUUAGCACGUUCCAAAGGCCAAGCAAUACCGCGAAUCUCUUCACCGCCAGCUGUGGGUAUAGAAUAUUCGGCAUCCUCCUCUUCGAGAUCAUCCCCACUAACGGUUGUGUCGCGUAAAUCGGAUGCUGUUCAGAAAUCCAAAAAACUAUUUCAAUCGUAUUCUCAUCCCGACACCGAUUUUAUAUUUACCGAUGAAAAUAAACACCCCUCCCGGGAGUCACUGCAACAUCUACUAAGUCCUCAACAACAAAGUCAAGAAACUGUCAUAACAUCUCGGGGUGGUCGUGUGGAGAUCAAACAACCAAAAAGGUCGUCCUCGCCCAACAUUGGUCACUUUCAAGUUCUGGAUGUUGCGGUGCAUCCCGAUAUUCUAGUGAAAAUAUCGCCGAAACAUUCUCCCCUCUGUGAACCGAGACGUCCUCAUGAAUCUCCACUAGCUGCCAGGUCAACACAACAGAGAAGGAGACUCUUACAGCGAUCGCAUGAAAUUGAUUCGGGUGGUUCAACAUCAGAAUCAGAAAAAUCCGUAGAAGUCAAAUCGCCAACAGAUUUAAAGUCACCUUUAAGUACUAGGACUCAGGUGGCAAGUCCCUUACUCACUACGAAAAGAUUACCUCUACAGGCUUCGGUAUCUUCUUCCGCAUCAGAUGAUUCGAAUUUUAAUGCUGCACAAAAAUAUUUUGCUGAAAGUGGUAUACUAGGACCGGUACCCAGUUCAGCUACGAAUCUAAUAAGGAAGACAUCGAAAAUAUUACAGGACUCGAAUGUUAUUGAACAGAUCCGUAAAACCUCAAUGAUUUUACGUUCGAAUACCAGUGGCAAUACUGGAACAACUAAUCAACCAACAGCCAUAAAUGCAAGUGUAAUGCCAAAGACAAAUAACAACAACAGCAGCCAGAAUACCAAUAACGGGGCCACAAACUACAACAACACUGUAUCCUCAACAAACCUUACACUAAAAUUACAAAGCAAUGUCACUUGUGGUGGUAGUGGUGUGAUAAGUGGCACUGCAUCAUCAUCGACAGCAGCACAAUACCAGCCUGGCCUUAUCUAUUCACCUCCCUCACCCCAAUCACCGCACACAAUGGCCACAAAAUGUGGCUUCAGUCCGAAUGUCACGACACAAAGUUGCAGUGUCAUCGAUGACAAGGAUGCACAAAUUAAAAGCUUACAAGGCGAAAUUGUCUCGCUCAAGGAUGUGAUAAAAUCUCGAGAUGCCGAGAUUGUUAAACUGCGUCGGGAAAUACACAAGCUGAAG